UGGUUGAAGGAACUAGCUCUGGGGAAGGGUCUUGAGUGCGGGCGGGCGGAAGCCUGUCAGGGUCCUUGGGAGUGGCAGCUCUCAGGUGUGCCUCGGCUCAGGUGGCCCCUACGGCAAACUGCCUCCUUUAACGGCCCCCUUACCAGCUAUUCAAUCUUGCUUGGGGCCAGGGCCAGCUCCACGUCCUUGAGCAUGCAUUAUUAGUCCCUUGCCACCUGCCAUGCCUCAGUUUACCUCCGAGUGAACUGAGUGAGAAGCCUCUCCACUUGGCCCGCAGGGCCCCACCGUGGCCGAAGGUGUCUGUCUGCAGAGCCAGAGCCGGGCUACAGCCGCCACACCGCACCAUGGCGCCCACCCUGGCCACUGCCCAUCGGCGCCGCUGGUGGAUGGCCUGCACGGCUGUGUUGGAAAACCUCCUCUUCUCUGCAGUCCUCCUGGGCUGGGGCUCGCUGCUCAUCAUGCUCAAGUCGGAGGGCUUUUACUCCUACCUGUGUACGAAGCCAGAGAAUGUCACCAAUGGCACAGUCGGGAGCACUGCAGAGCCAGAGCUCGAGGAGGUGAGCCUGGUGAACGGCUGGCUCAGCUGCAAGGCCCAAGAUGAGAUUCUAAAUUUGGCAUUCACUGUGGGUUCCUUCCUGCUCAGUGCCAUCACCCUGCCUCUGGGCAUCAUCAUGGACAAGUAUGGUCCAAGGAAUCUCAGGCUACUGGGCAGUGCCUGCUUUGCGGUCUCCUGCUUGCUGAUUGCAUAUGGAGCGAGUAACCCAGACUCGCUGUCUGUGCUCAUCUUCAUCGCCUUGGCUCUGAAUGGCUUUGGGGGGAUGUGCAUGACGUUCACUUCAUUAACCCUUCCCAAUAUGUUCGGUGACCUUCGAUCAACGUUUAUUGCCUUGAUGAUCGGAUCCUACGCUUCCUCAGCAGUUACUUUCCCAGGAAUCAAGCUCAUCUAUGAUGCUGGUGCCUCCUUUAUUGUCAUCCUGGUGGUUUGGGCUGGCUGCUCUGGCCUGGUCUUCUUCAACUGUUUCUUCAACUGGCCCCUAGAGCCCUUCCCAGGACCAGAGGACAUGGACUACUCGGUGAAGAUUAAGUUCAGCUGGCUGGGCUUUGACCACAAGAUCACAGGGAAGCAGUUCUACAAGCAGGUGACCACAGUGGGGCGCCGCCUGAGCGUGGGCAGCUCCAUGAGGAGCGCCAAGGAACAAGCUGCGCUGCAGGAAGGUCACAAGCUGUGCCUGUCCACUGUCGACCUGGAGGUGAAGUGCCAGCCUGAGGCCGCAGCUGCCCCCUCGUUCAUGCACAGUGUGUUCAGCCCCAUCCUGCUGCUCAGCCUGGUCACCAUGUGUGUCACACAGCUGCGGCUCAUCUUCUACAUGGGAGCCAUGAACAGCAUCCUUGAGUUCUUAGUCAGCGGUGACCAGAAGACAGUUGCCCUCUAUACAUCCAUCUUUGGUGCUCUCCAGCUGCUUUGCCUGCUGACAGCCCCUGUCAUUGGCUACAUCAUGGACUGGAAGCUAAAGGAGUGUGAAGAUACUUCUGAAGAGCCUGAGGAGAAAGACACCACUCAAGGUGAAAAGAAGCAGAAACGAGACAGGCAGGUCCAGAAAAUCACUAACGCCAUGCGGGCCUUCGCCUUUACAAACGUGCUGCUGGUGGGCUUUGGGGUGACCUGCCUCAUUCCUAGUUUGCCUCUACAGAUCUUCUCCUUCGUCCUGCACACAAUUGUGCGAGGAUUCAUCCACUCUGCAGUAGGGGGCCUAUAUGCUGCUGUGUACCCGUCCACGCAGUUCGGUAGCCUCACGGGACUGCAGUCUCUAGUCAGCGCGCUCUUUGCCCUCCUGCAUCAGCCGUUGUUUCUGGCCAUGAUGGGUCCUCUUGGAGGAGAUCCUCUGUGGGUGAACGUGGGUCUACUUGCCGUGAGCAUGCUAGGCUUCUGCCUGCCCCUUUACCUGAUUUGCUACCGGCGCCAGCUGGAGAGGCAGCUUCAACAGAAGCGGGAAGACAGCAAGCUGUUCCUUAAGGUCAAUGGCUCAAACAACCGGGAAGCUUUCGUGUAGUGCCCAUCACGUCAGCCAUGGUCGACUGCCUGUACUUCAGUGACUGACCGCUGUCAUCUCCCCGCCCCAGAGGAUCCCAUGUGCUCCCUGGAUCCUGCCCUUCACCAUGCCGGAGCCCCAUACUUCCUCACAAAGCCCUGGCCCUGCUGUGGAGUGCUGGUGUGGAAGGACGGGAGAGGGUCCAGACAAAUGAACCUCCCACUGCCAGAAACUGGGCUGGCCUGGCCUAGCUGUCACCCCAGGAGCUCUGGGGUCUUGGAUCUCCAUGGGGCCUGUACCUGGAGCCAAGGAGAGCCCCCAGUAAGCAGGCUCUCCCUCACUGAUAUGGAUUCUGCCUCUUGCCAAAGCAGAGGGGUCUACCAUCCUCUACCCACACUACCUGUCCCUGAGCUGCAUGCCCACCAGCCACGCCUACCUGAGGACAAAGGCUUGCACUGUCUGCACUCCCCUGGCCUGGCCUUUUACCUCCCCUGACCAGUCUGUGGCUGCCUGAGGAAGGAAGGACCCGCUUCCUGUUGUUGGUGCUAACCCCUUUGUAAUCCCAAUGCUCCCCCACCCUCUACCCCCCCCCCCCAGUGGCUAGUCCCUGGCCUGUCUUUUUCUUGAAGGCCUAUGGAGAUACCCCACCCCCACCCCCCGCGCCCUGCCUCAGUUUGGGGAAGGGAUGAAGGACCGAAUAGUUAACAAAGCCUCAGGAAUCCUGGGCAAGGCUUAUUCCUUACACUGGGGAAUACAUUUCUACUGCUGCCCUUGUUCCAGCCUGCAACCUGAAGGGAGCUAAGGGGACAUCACAAGGGAAGGUCACCCUUCCACCCACACACAGCUGUUUUUCUGGGGUGGAAAUAAGGCAGUGACUGACAGACAUGGAGAGCCAGGCCUAGCAAGUAACAGGGGUGUGUGUUUGUGUGUGGGUGUGGGUGUGUGUACAUGUGCAUAUGUGGUAGAGGGCACCCCCAGGGGCUGCUUUUAUGAGAGUGGACCAGACCAGAAGCCAGCCAGGCUGGCAGCAGGCUCAAGAUGGGAGAAUCAACCUUGCUUUAGGAUGGGGACCUUGUAUGUGGCCGUGUGGUCACAGUGCCCCCUGCUGGCAGACUCUUAACAGGGCACUGGAGCUGUUUGUGUGGGGAAAGCCUAGCUGGCCUGCCUGGCUCAAUAACCCAAUUACCUUGACAGCCCCUAGAGACCCUGUCUGAGACUUCUUGGGGUGCCAAGAAGGGUGAAUUAGUUUUUUUUAAAGUCUCUUGUCUUCUUUUAAGUUGCAUCAGAAUUCUUAUGAAGCAAUAAAUCCAUUUUCCUGUUGGUAACGGAGGUCACGUAUCAAGUGACUACUAUAUGUGCCCGAUUUAAAAUUGAGAGGGGAAGGCAGGACAAGAGGGUCUGCCAGUGAGAAUAAUAAAGUCAUGAGGCAGUGGCACAUGCUUUAAUCCCAGCACUUGGAGAGCUGAAGCAGGCAGUUUGAGGCCAGCCUGGUCUACAUGGAAAGUUAGGGGCUGCAUGGUGAGACUCUACAGAUAUUCUGCUAGCUACAAACCCAGUUGCACCCGGGUGCUCUGUCCUGAGUGAUGUGUCCAGAGAGGGGCACGGGCAAAGAAAAGCCCUGAUUACCCCAUACUCCGGGCAAACAGGGCUGUGGAGAAGUGUGGGCUCUCCCCUCUGCUGUUGGUUCUAACAGGGCAGGCCAACCCAGCAGCCUUAGUCGCUACUGUUUUCUGUCAACUCAUAACCCCAAGGGUUCUUAUGUGGUAACUUCAGGAGAGCCAUAGACUAAAUUGCUUCAGGGUGGACUGAGGGCAGUCACAGACGAGACAACACCAGGCCGAGUCUGGGGCUCUGUAGCAAGAGUGGACUGAAGUCUUGGCUCCAGUCCAUUCAAACAUUAAAGUCAUUACCCCCACAACAGUGAGCUGCUGGGAGCCCUUCUGUGGGUUCUCGUGGUUCGGUGGUAGAGCUCACUCUUCGUAUUGACAAGGCCUUAGGUUCUGUUUCUCAAAAGAACGGGAUCAGCAUUUUCCAGAAACACCUCCCAGAGCACUGCUUUGUGACACCUCACUGGUUGUCUUUUGGAAAGCGUCUAGUCAGAGGUCGAGUGUGCAGAGUUGGGGUGCCCACAGCAUCUCCCCUGUGUUUAUGGACAUUGCAGCUGUCUAAGAAGGGGUUGUAGCAUCUGUGGGGUGGCAAGUCUGUGAGUUGGAGGCCAGUCGGCUAGUCAGGACUACACAAUGAGACCCUGUCUUUUUGUUUUGUUUUUUUUUGUUUUUCGAGACAGGGUUUCUCUGUAGUUUUGGAGCCUGUCCUGGAACUAGCUCUUGUAGAUCAGGCUGGCCUCGAACUCACAGCAAUCCGCCUGCCUCUGCCACCCAAGUGCUGGGAUUAAAGGCGUGCGCCACCACUGCCUGGCGAGAUCCUGUCUUUAAAAAAAAAAGUUUUUUAUUUUAAAAAACGAAACCGCACAGUGUUUACAAGGAUGUGAGGAAAACUAAUUUUUACACAUUGCUCUUGGAAUGGUAUGGCUAUGGAAAUGUGAUACAGGCCUAUAAUGCCAGGAUCAGGAGGCAAAGGGUGACAUGUUUCAGCCUGAGCUGUAACCGUGCUUCACACACAAGGUGACAUGCAGCUCAGUGGUGGAUGACUAAUCAAUCAAUCAUAGGAGCCAUGCCCUUCCUGCGGGUGUGACACAGCGGUCACUCGCAGAAGGUCCUGGAAUGUUAGGAUUGUAGGCUCCAGGGCAGGGUGAGGAUGUAGCUCAAUUGGUAGCAUGUUUGCCUAGCUUACACAGAAGUCCUGGGCUUCAUGCCCAGCCCCAAAUAAAACUGGGCAUGGUGGCACAUGCCUCUUAUCCCAGUGAAUGGGAGGUGGUGACAUCAGGAUCAGGAGUCGAAGUUAUCUUUGGUCACAUAGUAAGUUCGAAGCCAGCCUGGGGUUCAGUAGAUCCCAUCUUCUAAAAAACAAAACAGCUGGAUGGUGGUUGAGGCAGGUGGAUCUCUGAGUUUGAGACCAGCCUGGUCUACAAAGUGAGUUCCAGGACAUGCUCCAAAGCUACACAGAGAAGCCUGCCUCAAUAAAUAAAUAAAUAAAUAAAUAAGCUGGGAGGUGGUGGCGCAUACCUUUAAUCCCAGCAAUCAAGAGGUAGAGGCAGGCAGACCUUUGUGAGUUAAGGCCAGCCUGAUCUACAUAGUUCCAGGACAGCCUGCUUUACAGAGUGAGCUUCAGGACAGCCAAGGCUGCACACAGAAACCUUUUUUAGGACGGAAAAAAAAAAAAAAAAAAAAAAACUGUUGGCUGCGGGCCUCACUUGUGUCUUGGUUUGGUUCUGGUACCUCCCAGAGGUUCGGAUGCACAAGGAAGGAGGACAUUAGCUUGAGAGAAUGCUGACUGACAAAGCCUUCCCUGCUAGGGACAUGCUGAGGUUGCUUAGACAUGACCUGUGCUGUCCCCAACAACACUGAAGGGCCACACCUUUUGAGCAUGACAAUUUGAGGGAAUAUCCUAGGAUCUAGAAACUAGACAUUUGGAUGGAAAAGAGCCCAGAUUCAACGUUGCUUGAGGAUCAGAGGUGUCAGCCGGCAGCAGGGAACAGAGGUGUGGCAAACCAGAUGAGCUGGGAACUCCCUGGUCAAUGGCCAUUCUGCCCUGACUUGGCACAAAGUCAACGUUUUCCUAGUGUCUUUGAAUCAUGGUAGCAGCCUGUAGUGGAGCAGACACUUAGAGAAACAGUCCCAGAGAGGAAGAGUAACUGGCUCACAGUGUAACAGCGAAAACUCUCACGUGGGUAUCAGUUGCUAAAGCAGCCAAGGCCCUCUAGGCCGGAAGCAACAGCCCAAGGGUUGCCAGGCUUCCAAUAGAGCAGCAAAACCCAAGGGAGGUGGGGCGCAAGCUCAGGAUGGUCUCCGUGUGCUGGGGUCAAAACUUUCUCAGAUAUGGGGCAAGCUGUUUGCACAAGGGUCCUUUGGAUCAUGGAGGCUGAUGGGUACUUGGAGGAAUAAUUCCCUGAUCACUUCACCCUCAAGAGAGGUACCCUGAGAUAGGGACAGAACCACAGGCUAGACAUAGGCAGAGGCCUCUUCAUCUCUUCCCUUGUCCUGCAAGCUCUGGGGGUGGAAGGAGCAGGAAGUGACACCUGGCCUUGUGGUUUCAUUUGGUGAGGACAGAGCCAGUCUUGCUCUUCUGGAAGCCCUUACUUUGUGGUCUAGGCACUCCCUUGUCAAGAAUAGUUUCCCCUGGGCCUGUGCUCUCCUCUCUCGCUGCUAGGGCCUAUUCACAGCUGCCUCCAACCUUAAGGUCAAAGACAAGGCCCUUGGGGGCUGCUUUCCGUGUUUUGUACCCCAUGCCUACCUCCAGAAGUCCUGGUCAAAAUUUGUACAUAGCCAGGCAGGCAAUAGUAAUAUAUACCUUUAACCCCAGCACUUGGGAGGCAGAGGCAGGCAGAUCUCUGAGUUCAAGGUUAGUCUGGUCUACAAAACGAGUUCCAGGACAGCCAGGACUACACAGAGAAACCCUGUCUCGAAAAACCGAAGAGACAUGGUCUUGUACAUCUUGUACAUCCUAGGCUGUCUAAGGGACUGGCCUAGGCCCCAUGUGCACUGAUAAUGGGCCAAGGGACACAUACCCAGUAUUGCAUUCGUGUGGAAAGAACUAUCCCAGACGGCAGCACAAACACCUUCAGCUAAGUAGAGUCGUGGGAGUCUCUUUGUUUUGCUUUGAUGCAGGAUCCCACUUGUCUCAAGCUGGCUUUGUCCUGGCCAUCUUCCUGCCUCAGCCUCCUGAGUGCUUGGGAUUGUAGGUGUACCCUGUGUACCCUGGUGUGCCCUGCUCAGUGAGAUGAUCUGUUGUACUUUCCUGUCAGCCUGUGUGAACCUAGGCGGAUGACGGGGACAAGCUUAUGCCAGCCUGUGGUUAGGUAUGCUACUCAGAGCUCUGCAGCUGUCCCCACAGAGCCAGGCUAUGAAGGGCACUAAGAUAGGUUCCCAGGGCUUUGAGGCAGUGAGGUUCCUUAUCAGUACAAGUUACCAGGGCCCAACCUAAGUGCACUGACUACUGCUCUUACACACAGACCAAUGCCCGUGAGGAUAAAAGUCCCCGAGUAGUUCAGGGGGACUGGCUUAUCCUUGGGCUGUACCCUUCCUGGGUCACGGUGAGACUGUAUCCCAUGCUCUAACUCAUCCUGAGUCCUAGGGUGUGGUCAGAGUCUCCUGAGUGUUCAGGAGUCAGUAUCCUCUGAGGAAGACAUCGUGGCCCUGCCAGCACAGCCACCAUCUGUGCUCCUUGGUCCCUGCAGUGAGUCAUUCUUACAUGGACAGAUCCAAGACAGGACCAGGGGUCACUUCUUAACCUUGAGUGUUCUCCGAGGGAAGCUCAGAGGUUAGCAGCCACACGUCAUUUUCAGGGAAAGCUCAGGUGUCCCUUCCUCCAGUGAAAGGGAUGCAUCUGUCUCCUCACAGAUUGGCUCAGGGGACCUGUUGCUAAAUCCCAUGAGCACAGUGUGUAGCAUGAUACCGAAACUCAACUUUGAGGGACCCUAUCCCUCCUAUGACAGGACACUGGUAAAGUCAGUACCACUGAUCUCGGUCCCCUCAGGACGUGUCCUACAAUGGAGUUUUAAGUUCUCCCCUUCCCCACUUUUCCAUUUUGUCUUUCACACUUUGGUAAGAGGCUUGGCCAAAGAGUUUUGGGGUCAAAGUCCCAGCCCUGGAGUGGCCCUUCCAUACCAGCUUUGUGAAUGACUUCUUGGCUGGGCCGUGUGUGUGUGUGUGUGUGUGUGUGUGUGUGUGUGUGUGUGUGCGCGCGCGUGCCUGUGUGCUGGCCUGAGAUGUUGUGGUGUCCCUGUGUCAAGAGAGAUGUGUUGGGGUGUCUGUGUGCUGUAACACCUGCGUGUGUGUGUGUGUGUGUUCUGAGGUGUUCUGGUGUGUCUGAGUACAUGUGUAGGGGUGCCUGUGUGCUGUAACACCUGGAGGCAGAGGAAGGAAAGAAAGGCCCAUUGCGCCCCUUUCUGUUACUAGGAGCAUCUAGGCAGGUCAGAAUCCAGGCCGGGAUGUGAGGCCUGAAGGUGUGUUCUUCCAUUCACCAGGGUCACAGAGUGUCACUGAUACCUCAGCAGCUGACCUUGGCUCUUCCCUGGCUCUUUACUCUUCCUAGCCCUCAACAUCCUCCUUGGCACACAGUAAGCACUUAAUAAAUGUAUGCUGAGAUGAC